CCCCGACCCAGCUCCUAUUCCCCGGGUGAUCGGGCCGAGCUCGCAUUCGGGCUGCUGCGGCGGGGGGAUCGGGCGGCUAGGGUUCUUGCUGGGGGCAUGGGGUCGCGAAUUGACGGGCCAGGGUGCGGGGGGAUCCGAUUGGUUGGUGCGGGUUGGUCGGAGCGCCGUGCUGCGCCGGCCGGGCGGCUCUGCGUAGGUUGGUAGCGUGGGCGAGGCUGGCACGGGGACAAAAAUCAGUGCACGGCCUGAUUUUGCCCAGUCAGAUCAGUGCGCUUUCCUUAGGGGAAACGGGGUCAGCUGUGCUGCCAGGGGCGUAGAUUUGCGUGGAACAGGGGCCGUGAUGCGUCCACUUCGUUUGCAUCUUAUCGAUGGGCUUAUCCAUUCUCAUGAAUUAAUGCUAUGUAAUGAGCAGUUACCCUCCGGUAGUACGGUCCAGUUUCAGCAUUUAUAUUAGGUUCUUGCACUCUGAGCAGUUCUUGAUAAUAUCAAUCUUUCUUAUAUCUUGCAAAUUGCUUCAAGUGUUUGACGACUAACUUGUGUGUUCCUCGUCUGCUUUGCUUUCGUCCUUGCUGCUGGAUGCUGCUGUCAACUUACUCUUGGCGUGUGUCUUCACAGUGCUCGCUGGACUUGCGUGUAUGUUCUCCACGAGCGUUCUUUUGCAAAUCCUGGCAUGUGCUUUGUACAACAACUGGUGGCCUAUGUUAGCAGCACUCAUGUAUAUCAUUGUGCCAAUGCCAUGCCUGUUCUUUGGCGACGGAUCCACACGGUUCUUGAGUAGCGGAGAGGGUGGAGCCUGGAUGAAAGCCGCAAAGUUCUUGACCGGCAUGUCUGCCAUGGGAAGCCUCGCCAUCCCGGCGAUCCUGAGGCACGCUGGCCUGAUCGAGACGGGGGCCAUGUUCAUCGAGUUCACCUCCUUCUUCAUCCUGGUGUGCACGGUUCUGUGCUUCCACAGGGCUACCCUGGACGAGGAGUGGUAAAGGCUCGCGCAAGGCCACAAGGAGUGCCCGAGAGAAGAACGCCUGUUAGGAUGUGGAAAAGAAAUCCCUUGGUGGGAGGGAGCUAACGUGGAACUGUGUACAAAGAAGCGUGCUUCAAGCGCUUGACUACUGUAUUUAUGUAUACGCGUACCCGAGAUUCGGUAAUCUAGUUGGUAAUCUGUGCUGAACCGGUCGUGUGAAGCAUAUAUGAUUCGGCGCAGUUGAUUGACGCAAAGCAGUCUUUCUAUGGUCGGUUUGACACUUGUGCAUUCAGAAUCUGCACUUGCAGUAUGGUACAAACUAUUGGAUGGAAUGAAGUGACAAUAUUUUGUUUA